AUGGAUUUCGAAGAGUUUCUUAACGACGGGGAUAAAGACUACUGCUUCUCUUCACAGUAUGAUAUUCCACCAGAAUCUACGAGUGAAUCGACAUGUGAGGUGUGCAGGGAGCUAGGUGACCGCCCCUGUAGUAAGGCAUUCCUCGUUGCGCUUCAUUACGGAGCUCACUGGUGGACGGGGGCCGAGGACGAAGACUCGCGAUGGCGUUAUGCUGAAGCGGAAUGCGAGCGUGUACGGAACCAAAUUCUUCGAAUUGAGGGCGAGGUCCUUCUACAGGACAAUCCGAAGUUUCUGGAUCAGUUGAAACCGCAGGAAAGGAAGAACUAUGUGAAGCGCAUACAGAUGGUUCGUGAAACCAACGAAAGAAGAGUGAAGGGCAACACAAGACCAAGAGGGCAGCUCAUCGACGACGGAACUGACGAUUCCCCAGCCACGAAGACGGUCUUCAUGCAAGGCUAUGUGAUGGGGACCGUUAUCCCUAUCCGAGUCGUUCAAGUCGAAUAUAGUUACCAGUACGAAAUCGACGAAAACAACAACAACUUCAAUCCAUUCAUGGGAAGCGAGGGCAUCAUCAUUGAGAGCGAUUUUCAGUAUCUAGGCCAGAUCCCUCGGCAUCCACUCCAACACUCAAUACGAACUCGCCACAUGUUCAAAUUUAUCCUGACCUUGUUCAUCAGCGCACUCCAGCUCAGAGCCGGCCCAAAUCACAAAGACAUAUUCCCUGACCUCGAAGCACUCCUGAACGAACGCCGGAUCAAAAAUGACAAGUGCUUCAAGUUGGUCUGGAAAUAUUGGCGGCGCAUGAGCUUCAAGGAUUGGUAUCCCAAGGAAGGGAAUGAGGAAGGCCUCAAACUCAAAGAAUGGCCUGACGCUUCAACUCGAAACACCUUUGCGAGACAAAAGCACAUGCAGGAGUUGGCGUGGCAUCUGGUGUCUGCCAAGCGCGCUGGCUGGUCUGGAAAUCGCGACUUCACUCAGUGUCCUCUAUGGCGACUGAUAGUCAGCUCAACUGGGUUACAAGUCGACCGCAUGGCCGAACUAUGGGAGGCUGGGGAAGAGGAGGUUGCCAGGAGAAUGCUUCGCUCGGGCAAUCGAAAAGGCCUCUUCGUCUAUCAGGUCGAACCUGGCACAGAGGACAUCCACCGUUACUAUCAACAGCCACCUUUCUACGACGACCCUCUCAACCCACGUAUGAGAUACAUGUUGGCGCCUGUUGACAACCUUCGUCUACCUGCGGCAGCCAGUCAACCUAACGCGCCAUCCGGAGCUCAACAGAAUCAGCCAUCGUCCGACCCCGACUCCGACUCCACUGUCGACAACCAAUCCUAG